AAAAUAAAAGUCUUCUGUUUCAUUUCCUAGAGAGAGAAAGAGAACUGAAGUACAAAAAGGCAUCUAAAAUGAUUUUGGAGACCAUUUAAGGAAGGUUGUUUCGCCAUUAAUGGGGGUAUUGAUGAUGAUGAGACACUGAAUUCCGUGGGGAGGAGAAAGCAAGAUUAAGAUCGAACCCAAGUAACUUUAGUGAGUUUUGAAUUUUGCUUUCAUGGCGAGCAGCAAAAACAACACCAUCCAACUUGACCAUCAUAAUCAUCAUCAGCAUCAUCAACAUCAGCAUCAUCAGAUACCGGAGCAUGUCCAUAAUCAGAUUCCUUAUGCUGCUAUGAUUCAAUCAUCCUCGUCAUCCUCCUCAAUCCUCAAUGGAAACUUCAUAAGCAAAGAUGCUGGAGCUUAUGAUUUUGGAGAAUUCGAUCAAGCGCUCUUCCUCUAUUUUGAUGGACAAGACCCUUCUACUAUCCAAGAACAAAAGCAGAUUAAUUCUGGGAUGAGACCUCCAACUCUGAAUAUUUUUCCUUCUCAACCGAUGCACGUCGAGCCGACUUCAUCUGUGAAGGGAAACAGUACAGGACUAAUUUCUCCUGCAACUAGUGGUUCAAAGAGACCAUCAGAGCCAACGACUAUGGAGUUAGCCAAACCUAAAAGCGAUCCCGGUGCUGCACCUGAACCGGCUAAAACCGUCAAGCGCGGUGGGAAUCGCAAAGGUCCUACUACGUCCAACUCAGAUCAAGAAGGACCUAAAACACCAGACCCUAAGACAUUGAGAAGACUUGCUCAGAAUAGAGAGGCAGCAAGGAAAAGCAGAUUAAGGAAAAAGGCUUAUGUGCAACAGCUUGAAUCAAGUAAGAUUAGACUUACCCAAAUUGAAGGAGAACUUCAGAGAGCCAGAUCUCAGGGCAUAUUUUUUGGUGGAGGUAUUUUUGGGGGAGAACAAGGUCUUCCUGUUGGUAUUGGCAACAUUAGCUCAGAUGCUGCGGUGUUUGACAUGGAGUAUGGAAGGUGGCUAGAGGAGCACCACCGUCUGACGUGCGAGCUCCGUGCAGCCGUUCAGGAGCAUCUGCCGGAGAACGAGCUACGGAUGUUUGUGGACAACUGCUUGGCUCACUUCGAUGAGUUUGUCAACCUAAAGAGCAUGGCGGCAAAGACCGACGUCUUCCACCUGCUUUCCGGCAUGUGGAAGACCCCGACAGAACGGUGUUUCAUGUGGAUGGGUGGAUUCCGGCCUUCUGAACUCAUCAAGAUUAUUCUGAGUCAGAUCGAGCCAAUGACAGAGCAACAGAUAAUGGGCAUAUGUGCAUUGCAACAAUCGACACAUGAUUCGGAGGAAGCUCUAUCUCAAGGGCAGGAAGCAUUGAACCAGUCGCUUUCGGACAUAAUUGCCUCAGACUCACUCAGUUGCCCACCGAACAUGACCAACUACAUGGGUCAGAUGGCCAUAGCAAUGAGCAAGCUCUCAACCUUAGAGGGUUUUGUAAGACAGGCUGAUAAUCUGAGGCACCAAACCAUCCACCGACUGAAUCAGAUCCUGACGACACGCCAAGCUGCAAGGUGUUUGCUGGCCAUUGCAGAGUACUUCCACCGCCUCCGUGCCCUCAGCUCUCUCUGGAUGGCUCGACCACGCCAGGAACAAUAGAAAUCAUAGCCCUAGGUCAUAUGUAGCAAACUUUGAAAUAUAUAUAUAUAUAUAUACACACACCCUUUAAUCUCAUCUCCUAAUCAUGAUCAUUGACUUCAAUGAUGAUAUUUCCUUUUCCUCCUUUACAGAGAUGUAUAGAUCAUAGACAAGGGAAUAUAGAUUAACUUAAAUUUAGAACUUUUUAGAAGUCUCUAAUUUCAGUUUCUUUUGAGUUUAAAUUUUUCCUUCAUGAAAAUGAGUUUCUGAGGGGGGAGGGGAAUGGUUUUGCAGCCAUUUCUGACUGAGAAAAUGUUGUGGAUUUUUUGGGGAAGGGAUGAAGACCAAAGGCAUUGAGAAGAUGCAGUAUUAUUAUUAUUAUUAUUGUUUAGCCAUUAGGGUGUUUUCAGGAAGGGAUGAAGAUCAAAGGCAUUGAGAAGAUGCAAAGUGUUUUAUUAUUAUUGUUAUUAGAAAAGUAAAAAUUAGAACAUUUU